AUGAGUGAGAAGAAACGCGCAUUCGACGGCAAUGGCGAAACCCCGGCAAACAAAAAGCUCAAAAGGUUUUGUGAGUGCUCUUCCAAGGUCAAUGGAUCCACUGCAACACCCGGGCUAUCCUCUGAAGCUCUGAUUGCUGAAAAACGAGCCGAAAUCGCUGCGAAACUUGCAGCCAUGAGAAAUCAAAACCCGAGCCUUGCGGUCGCUGUCGCAAAACCAAGUCCAUCCCCUUCUGGCGGUUCCACCACCGGGACUCCCGUUCCUUCGACCGAUGCUAUCAAUAAGCGAGUUAAGCGCUUAGUUGAGGAUGCACAUACAAGAAUGGGUGCAAAUGAUAACCCCUAUAUGUCCUUGAAAAAGAAGUCUACCUCAGCUGACAUCCCACCGCAAGGAGCUGGAUUAAAAAUGGCUGCACACCCUCUCCUUUUGGACACGACACCGGCCGCACCACAGUCAAAGAAAGACCGAUACAAGCCUAUGCAACCUAAAUUUGCCUCGAUCAAGGCCAAUGUCCGCAAUGUACCUGCUCCCCCGCCUGUCGCACCGAUUUCCGUUCCUGUCGUCGAAAAAAAUCCCUACGCAGCGUCAGCCACGUCCAAAGAUACGCUGCUCUUUGAAGGCGCACCGAAGGAACGCACAGGACGUAGUUUCAGAUUCAAUGCCAAAGGAAAAUAUGUUGCAUUAGGGGCUCAAAUGCGGCAAGAAAACCAGCUGGAGGCCCUGAAACAACGUAUCGCAGAGAGUGCUCGAAAGGCAGGAUUAGAUGGAGAUAUGGGGAUUGAGCGUGGAAUCAAGCGCACUUCUCCUCCCGACGCUGAGUGGUGGGACCAGCCCCUUUUACCCAACAAGAACUAUGCGGAUUUGGAUGAAUAUGCUGUCGAAGAAAUACCAAAUAUUCGGAGCGUGGACUCGCCGAUUACGAUCUACGUCCAGCAUCCUAUUCCCAUUCCUGCUCCUGGUGACAAAAACAAGGUUGCUUUAAAGCCCAUGAUGCUAACUACCAAGGAACGCAAGAAGAUGAGGAAACUGAAGCGUGCAGGCGAUUUGCAGGACAAACGGGACCGCGUAGCUAUGGGUCUGAUCCCACCCGACGCACCGAAAGUUCGACUUUCGAACAUGAUGAAAGUGCUCACUUCCGAUGCUGUACAAGACCCCACCAAAGUCGAGGCCCGAAUCCGGCGAGAAGUGGCUAUGCGCAAGCACACGCAUGAAAAGAUGAACGAGGAGCGUAAGCUGACGGACGAACAGCGACGUGAGAAGAUUGAGAUGAAAAAGGCUGAGGAGGACAAGCGUGGAAUAUAUGGAGCGGUGUUCAAAGUCAAGGUGCUUUCAGAUCCUGCGCAUCGAUUCAAGGUGCGGAAGAAUGCAGAGCAAAUGAACCUUUCCGGUUUGUGCAUUAUGGGUCCCAACUUCAGCAUGAUCUACGUCGAAGGUCCUGCGAAAUCCCUGAAAAAAUAUAAAAAGCUCAUGUUGAUUCGAAUUGCUUGGACCCAAGCGGCUCGACCUAGAGGCGGAGAUGAUGUAGUCUUACAGGACAACGAAGCUGACCGCGAUGAAAGUCCAGCAGCCCAAGAAGUGCAGGAGCCGGUGUCGCUGGAGGGCAACACUUGUUGGAUGGUUUGGCAGGGUAUGUUGCGUGAACGGGCGUUCCACGAGUUCAGAGUCCGCCAUUGUCAGACCGACGGCGAUGCCAAAGAGCUCUUGGGCGAUAGGUUGAGGGGAUAUUGGGACCAGGCAAAGAAUUGGAGAGAGGAAGACGAUUUAUUGUAA